AAUCCGAGCUUAUACUGGUGAUUGACAUGUGCAAUCUUCCCUUCAUGACUUCUUUUGGCCGUAGCGCUUGUUGAAGCCCUUUAUAUAACCUGGAAGGCGCAGGAGCUAGAGUACACCGUGCUAUCUUUCUCCGCUAGAGGAAUUGGCCACCAUGUCAUCGUACGUCGUCUACAACUAUUGUGUCAAUGCGGCUGUCACCCUGUACUUCUAUGAGCGAGUCUUAACCAUCGACCAAGAGAUCAAUCUGGUCUGGAGGCGUGCACCCAAGCUUCUCUUCAUGCCCGCUCUCUAUGUCAGUAUGCAUAUUUGCUCGAUGGUCUAUCUCCUACUGGAGAUCGUUCCGUGGGGUUCUGGAAAGUGGAUACAUCGCAGAAGUCACGCAAACUACCAGUAUCUGUGCCCUCUAUCUCAUUUGGGGAGCUAUAUCGGCAUUGCGUGUGUACGCGAUUAAUGGGCGGAACAAACGGACACCGUUGGCCACGAUGGCCUUGUCACUUGUGCCUAUAGCAACCAACAUCGUCUCGCAAGCCGAUACAACCAUGUCGGACGCCACAUAUUUCC